UCGGUGCGGUGUCGCGGUGAUUUUGAGGAGACAGAAUAGAAAGAGAGAAAGAGAGAGAAAAAGAGAGAGCGAGAGAGCAUGUAUGUUUGAGAGAGGGAGAGUGUGAAAGAGAGAAAGAGAAAAAAACAGGGGGGGAGAGAGAGAGAGAGAGUAGUAGUGAGUAGGCCUUCUGUCUCGUACCAAUUCGCCGAAGGGUGCGAGAGCGUUUCGGUCGGCCCCUCAAAAACGAGAAUCACCCACCGUAGUUAGUUCGUUUGUUCGUUCGUGCCACUUUAUAUAUUAUACUUAGUCCUAUUUCCCUUAUCCGAAGAAAAGUAAAAUAAGUAAGAAAUAGGGUGAACUAAUUGGCAAUACGCGCUUAAGUAUUCGAGUUUUCGCGCGAAAUUUCAAGAUAUCGUGCCUUGUGUGAGAGAAGAAGACGUAAGAAGCAUCCUCGAGUGAUUGCCGCAUCUCGUAAGGCUCUUCUUCGAAGAACCCCGACGACCGUCCUCGAUAGAGGACGGAAGAUAAGUUCCGACAUGUCGGCGUUGAGUACCAGCUCUUAUAGACCUGGAAUAAUUCUUUGCUUGGUGAUCUUCCUGGUCUCGCAAUCUACCCAUUCUGCUCCAGUAUACGAUCAGGAUACCACACAAGUUGCAGAGUACGAUGGAGGUGCAACCGGCUGUUAUUACAACUUUCAACAUUACCAGGAAGGUGACAGAAUCAUAACGAACGAGCCAUGCCUGAACUGUACAUGUCAUAAUCGAAUGUUGAUGUGCUAUUUGAGAGUUUGUCCCUUCUCGAAAGCCAUUGGACAAGACUGUACGGUAGAAAAAAGACCUGAUCAAUGUUGCCCUGUAAUCACUUGUCCGGAAGUACCGGUGCAAUUGCUUACAUCGACUACCAAUACUCCAGCAUUAUCUGACUCAACGGAAGUUGGCUUCCAUGAUAAUUAUGGAUGCAAAAUGGAUGAUCGAUUUUAUCCAGAUGGUGCCCAAUUACCAAUCGAUUAUCAAUCGAAUCCUUGCGAGCUUUGCUACUGUAUUAGGAACAGAACCGCUUGCGUUAUACAGCAGUGCACACUACGCGUGGCAGGAUGCAGACCUGUCUACAAAUCGGGUGUAUGUUGUCCGGUUAAGUACGACUGCGAAUACGACGAAGGACUUGAAACUACGGUUGGACCUGGCCUCAUCAUGACUACUACAAUUGCUCCUGGUGCAGCACCACAGUGUUAUUACGAAGGUAAAGUUUACGAGGACGGCGACUUGAUUUACUCGACACAACCUUGCCAACACUGCUACUGCUUCCGUGGCGAUAUUGCUUGCGCCGUUCAAGACUGUGGAACACCAAUGAAAACGCAUGGAAAGAACUGCACUGCUCUUCCUCCGCCAGAAGGAGAAUGUUGUCCGACCACGUAUCAGUGUGAAGACGAUGGUCUUAAAGGAAUAAUAACCAUACCAGAAGGUAUGGAACAAACUUCUGAAAUUAGUCAAGUACAACCAAUGGUAACCAUUCCGGAGAAUAUUGAAGCGGCAGAGAAGCAAGAACACGAAGUUACGAGUGAAUCAUUCAUUGGUGCCGACAACGCAAUUCCACAAGAUCAUGAAAUUAAAGUAGAACAAACUGAAGAGCCUGUUAAAGCUGAUAAAUCUGCGGAGGCAACAGAGAAAAAUGAUAUUCCUGAAUCUGAAAUGACCCAUGGUUCAGAAGAAAUAACUAUUCCCGGAGAACACGAAACGAAACCGACUCCUGUAGAUGUGCCUAGUAUAGAAAUUAAGCCAACUGAGGAAACACAAAUUUACCAGGAUCAAAAAACAGAGACGCCUACCUUGAUAAAAGAAACUGAAGAACAUACUUCGAUUGAACAAACUGAGACGCCUCUUUCAACAGAAAAGAUUAUAGUGCCUAGCUAUACGGACACAUCCGAAAUAUCUUUUGUUCCAGAAAAUACCGAAAACGUUACCACCAUUGAAAAAACUGAACCAUCCGUUACUGGAAAAGAAACUGAAGUUCCUAUUAUUAUAGAACAAUCAGAAAGUUCGUCCGUUAAAUCAUUCGAAGGUGAACAAGAACCAGCUGAGGUUUCGGUAACCGAGAACAUCCCAACAUCCCAAUCGUCUGUAGAAGGAUUAAACAUAGAAACAGAAACUUCAACGGCAGAACAAGAAAUUGAACAACCGGAAAGUACCAAAGAAAGUGUCACUGAAGAAGAACAACCAAUAACGACUGAAGGUCUAGUGAAAACAGAUGAAUUAACUGAAUCUUCAAUUAGUGAACAAGAACAUACUGAGAGUUCAUAUGAAUCUGUACCACCGAAAGAAACGACCGAUGCUCAGGAACCAAUUGAAGAAUCUGGAAAAUCAACCGAGACAAUAGUAUCUACUGAAGAAGUGUCGGAGAAAACUAUGGAAACAAUUGACCAAGACGAAAGUAUAAAAACUAAACCAGUUGAAAACAAAGAACAAGCAAUUCUUGAGACGAAAGAAACCGGAGUUCCGCAAGAAGUCACUACAUCAAAACUAGAAGAAUUUACUACAUCAAAAUCAGAAGAAGCUACUACAUUAAAACUAGAAGAAGCUACUACAUCAAAAUCAGAAGAAGCUAUUGCAUUGAAACCAGAAGAAGCUAGUACAUUGAAACCAGAAGAAGCUUCUACAUUGAAACCAGAAGAAGCUUCUACAUCGAAACCAGAAGAAGCUGCUACACCAAAACCAGAAGAAGCUACUUCAUCGAAAUCAGAAGAAGCUAUUGCAUCGAAACCAGAAGAAACUAGUACAUUGACACCAGAAGAAGCUAGUCCAUCGAAACCAGAAGAAGCUACUACAUUGAAACCAGAAGAAGCUACUUUAUUGAAAUCAGAAGAAGCUACUUUAUCGAAAUCAGAGGAAGCUAGUACAUCGAAACCAGAAGUAGCUAGUACAUCGAAACCAGAAGAAGCUGCUACAUCGAAACCAGAAGAAACUACUACAUCAAAACUAGAAGAAGUUCCAACUGAAGAAAUAACUACACCACCUUCUUCAGAAGUGAAACUCGUUACAUCUGAAAAAUCUGUUGAAGUUAGCGAAUCAGAAGAACUUAAACCUGCCGAAGUUACUACCAAUUUACCACAGGCUCAAGAAACUGAACAACAAUAUCCAUCUUCAGAAGCCGGUACAGAGAAAAAUCCUGAAAUUUCAGAACCAGAAUUAGGGUUGAAAGAUAAACUCCCACCUCUUGCUCCUAAAAAAGAUGAUUUUGGCCUAUCUAAAGAUGAAAUUAAUCAACAGACUGCUAUCGAAGAACAGCAUGAAACAGAAAAAGACAAAGAAAUUUCUGAAAUUACUCCAGGAUAUAAAGCAGAAGAUAAGGAAUCUAUUCCGGAAAUCUAUUCAGAAAGUAACAUUGAUACUAAGAAACCAGAAAUGCAUGUCCCUGAAAGUCUUGUAACGGAAAUUCCAGAGAAAGUGUUUAAGUCUGAAACAGAUUUGAUUCCUCAAAGUGAGACGUCUACUGAAUACGCAGAAAAUAAAGUAACAACUGAAAUAAAAACAGAAGAACCUAUUCUUCACGAAGUGACAUCUGGUCAAGAAGAAGUAUCUGCUGUUGAGAUUACUUCCGUUUCUUCAGAUACUAAAACUAGUGAACCUCAGAUUCCUACAGAAUCACAAACUAUACAAGAAGAACUUCAAUAUACUGAAAAAUCAAUCGUACCUGAAGAUUAUAGCACGGGCACAUUGAGUCCUGAAGUUCCAUCGACUGAAAAAAUAACUACCGUUGAAGAAUUACCAGCCAAAGGUCUUACUAUAAUAGAUUCUGGAGAAACUUCUUCGGAAGAAGAAACUUCUGACAUCUCUAGUGACAGUGAAGAAGCAGGAAAAGAACAAUUUAAUGAAGAAGAAGGUGAAAGCGAAGAUAAAUUACAUAAACCAUCUUCUGAAGAAAUCUCGACCGAAAGUUCUAUUUCUGAACAAGAGUCAACAAGCGGUCAUACAAUGUCUAGUACAGAAGAAACACAAGUUACUAUCAAAGAAACGGAACAAAAAGAAUCUACAGAAACUUCUGAAGUAAGUGAGCCAAGUGUAAUACAAACUGCAAGUGUUACAGAUACUUCAGUUGAAGUACCUGUAACAGAAGCUCCAGAAGAAGUGCAAACGGUGAAAACAACCGAACAAACUGCUGUAAGUGAAGAAGAAACUAUUGCUUCAGAAACUCCGAGUGAGGAAAGUACAACAAAGAAAACGGAAGAAGCCUCGACAGAAAAACACAUUCCUGAAGUACCUGAAAUUACUGAAAGUACCAUUCCAGAACAAUCGGUUAUUCCAGACAACAAACCAACAGAAAAUGUUGAACAAAUGGAAGUACAGACAUCGGUACCUUCUAUAAUCGAAGAAGAACCUUCCAUAACAGAAAAAUCAACAGAAAUCCCUUCAUUAGUUGAAACGGAACAUAAAUCGACUAUUAUUCCUGAAGAAACUUCGACUCAAAUAUCUGAAGAAGAGAACAAAUCUGAAAAGAUACCCACAAAAGAAGAAGAAAUUACAGAGGGAACAUUAAUAGAAACACAAAUGACCGAAAAAUCAAUCACUGAAGAAGAAUCAAAGGAAGAAACGGAGACUAAAUCUUCCGUUACUGACAAAUACGUAACAGAAACUUCAACUGUAAUAGGCAAAGGUGCAGAAGAUCUUAGUAAUCAAUCAACUGAAACUAUAAGCGAAGGUGGUGAAGAGGAAAUUCAAAAGCCAUCCUUUGAAGAAAAAAUAUCUACUGAAGCUACUGUCGAAGAAGAAAAAGAAGUGACAAAGGUUAUUACUGAGAAAAUAACAACACAAAUUUCAAUUACUGAACAACCUGAAGUAUCUACUGUGAUUUCAACAGCUGAGCAAAAUGUUUCUGAAGAUAAAACAACAGAAAAAUCUUUCGAACAUCCUAUAAUAAGCGAAUCAACUACUGAAUUUAUUAGCGAAACAGUACAUCCUGUAAGUGAAUUGGAAGUGCCAACGAAACCUCAAACUGAAGAAGAACAACAUACAGAAAUCAUUUCAGUGACAAAAGAAUUAUCUACUGAAACUCCAAUACAGCAGGAUGAGUCUACGUCCAUUGAACCAAUUUCUGAAGAACCAAAAGAAAUCUCAAGUACUAUUAAAAUAUCUGGUGACGUCAGUGAAACUACGCCGCAACCAGAAGAAUCAUCUGUGGAACCAACCGAGGCUGUGACUGCUGUUGAAUCAUUUACAACAACCAAAGAACAAGACACUGAAGAACACACCAAAGGCAUUUUUGAAGAAAAACCAAGUGAAGAGGAGAAACAUGAAUUGCCCAGUUCUGUUGAGACAUCGACGGAAGUACCAGCAGUAAAAGAAACGUCAGAAAUACUUGAGACGGAAGAAAAACUUCACGAAACAACAAUAAAAAUUGACGAAGAGAAAGCAACUACAGAACCUAUCGAAACACAUGAAAAACAAUCAACAAUUACGCCUUACGAAGAGGAAACAACUGCAGUAGAAUUAACAUCCCCAUCAUCGGCAGAAACUGAGGUACCAUCCAAAAAACCGAUUGAACAUUCAACUGAACAAGAGUUUACAAAUGUUACAGAAGUGAUGCCAACAAAUGAAAUAACUGAAUCAGAAGAAUCCAAACCUACACAUCCAGAUAUACCUGGUGAAGGUAAUUGUCUUGUUGAUGGGCAAUCUUAUAGUAAUAAUUCGGCAAUACCUCCCGUGAAUCCUUGUCAAUUAAGUUGUCAAUGCAUAAGUAGUAUCAUACAAUGUGAACUUAUGCAGUGUUCACCACCUCCAACUCAUCUGUCUAACUGUAUGCCAGUACAUGCAAGUGGAUCUACAUGUUGCCCAAUAUAUACAUGUGACUCAACUCCUACAGUGGAAUUAGAAGCAGACAAUCAUAUAAUUGAACAUCAAACUCUGAAGUAUGAAGAAGAAGAAGAGCCAAAGCAUACAACUUUAAUCCCCAAGGUUACAGAGAUUCCAUCAGCACCUAGCGAUCAUACAGUUGAAGAAGAAGGCCAAGAACAUGUACCACCUCCACAUAUUGUACCAGAUAAUGAAAGUGAAACAAGAAAAGAAAUGCCACCAGUAGAAGAACAGGUAACUGAUAAACCAAUAACAUCUAUUAGUGAAGAAUCCACAAUUACUGAAGAACAUAAAACAUCAGAAGAAGUUCCGUCAAAAGAAACUUCUGACGUAACUCCAGAUGAACAAUUUACAGUAUCUACAUUAUCAACUACUACACAAAAAAUUGAGGAAGUUACUGAACAAGAAAAAGGAAUAGUUAAACUUCUUCCUUCUACCGAUGAAUCAAUUGUAGAACAAACUACAGAAAAAGAGUCAUCAAGUUUCACUGUUGAAAAUGUACAUGAUACAGAAAUUGUAACACAUACAUCAGCUCCUGUUACUGUAGAAACGGAAACUACUGUUUCAGUGGAAGAAUCUGAAAAAAUACCUGAAGAGAAACAGGAAACAAUUAUACCUACUUUACCAAAAGAAACAACUGAACAGGAAGAAACCAUAAGCGAAUCUUCCGUACCUAGUGUCUCUGAACCAUCUAAUGAAGUAACAAAAGGACAAUUUGAAGAAUCUGAAAAACCGGGAGAUGUUCAAGAAGUAAGCACGUCUACUGAACAUGGCAUUACUGCUAUUGAAGAAGAAAUAACACAAAGUACAGAAAUUGAAGGACAAACAGAAACAGAAAUAGAAUCAACUGAAGAGAAAAAGCCAGAAGAACAAACUGAAGUAACAUCUGAACGUCCAGCUGAACAAGAAUCUACAGAUAUUAAUAAAUUAAUAACAACAAGUGAAAUAACUCCUCAAGUAUCUGAAGAAAUAGAAACUAAGCCAAUUGAACAUAAGACAGUAGAGACUGAAAGCGAAACUUCAAAUAUAAAUACAUCAGAAUCCACUGUAGAAACUUCUACGGAGAGUCAAUCACUCAAUACAGACGAACAAACCGAUAUUUCUGAAACUGCAACUACAACUGAAAGUAAAUCUGUAUCAAGUGACGAAAGAAUAACUACACCUACUAGUGAGAGCAGUCACUCUACGGAAAUUCCAGAAGGUGAGAUUUCACACGAAGACAAAGACAAAACGUUAGAGCAGACUACAAAAUCUAUUCUUGACUCUACCGAAACACCGACACAACAACCUAAAGAUCAAACUGAUGUUCCUAUAGAAUCCGAAACACAAGCAGUUGUACAUACAGAAGAAACACCGAAACCAGAAAUAUCAGAAGAAACAGAAAGCAGUACUUCGACAAAGGCAGGACCUAUCGAACCUAGUGUUACUGCAGAAAGUGAAACUUAUGUACCUCCCAUAGAAGAAACUACAGAAUCAAUAAUUUCAGUAGAAACUCAAACAUCAACGUUUGAAAAACAUGAAGAAAAUGAAGGAAUAACCGAGAAAUCUGAGUCAGCACAGGAAGAAGAAAAACCAUUAGAAGUUACAACGAAAAAGGAAGCUUCUGAACCUACCGAAGCUGCUAUAACAGAACAGAGUAUGCCUUCGAUUGAUCUUACUACAGCUACUAUAGAAAAACAUGUAACGACAAUAGAAGAACAGACUACCAAAUUUGAGGAAGAACCAACUAAAGGACAAGAACAAACAACUCUAUCAACUUCUUCGCUAGAAGAGGAAGUAUCUGAAAUCACUACAUUGGGAAAAGAAAAUACUAGUGAAAGUAUUCCAAUUGAAAGAGAACAAACGGAAGAAAAAACAACUGAAGAAAUAAGUCAAAGCGCCAUUCCAGAAGAACAAACUAUUUCACCAGGCAUGUCAACAACUCAUGUUGAAGAGGGCCAACAACAACAUGAGAUCACUCAGAAGCCUCUCGAAACAGAAGCAACAACCUCUGCAAGUAUUACCGAAGCACAACCUACCUUACCUCUAAGCGAAACAACAGAGCAGCAUCCAGUCGAAGAAGCUUCUCUUGGCGAUACAGUUUCUUCCACAGAAAGACCAGAAUCAACAUCUGAUGUAACAGAACAGGUUGAGCAAGCUGAAGAACAAAAGCCUAAAGAUGAAGAAGAAGUGCAUAAAGAACAGACAACUGAAAUUUCUGAAGUUAGUGAAAUGACUGAAACAAUUCAGAUAGGUCCCAUUGAAGAGCAAACUGUCGGUGAAGCAGAAGAACAUUCUGUAACUCCAAUCAAAGAAGAAAAAUUAGAAACACCAGAAAGUACGGAAAGUAUUUUGAUAACAGAACAAGUACCAUCAGAAGAAACCGCUGUAACAGAUCAUACUAUAUUUGAAGAAAAAGCAACAACGAUAUCAAGUACACACACUGAAACAGUUCAACAUACAGAAGCACCUGUAACUACUGAAGAAGCUCCUUCCAAAGGUGAAAUAGAAUCAGCAGUGACAAAACUUCAACCAGAAGAAGUAUCUAGCGAAAUUUCGGUUCAAGAGCAGUCUACAACUGAGCCUGUAUCUGAAGAAUCAAUAACUAAAUCAGAAGAAGCACAAAAGGGUGAGGAAAAAAUCACGGAAUCCACUGUUCCAGAAGAAGAACACAUAUCAACAAGUCUUAGCUCGAUAACGGAAGAACCUGAAGAAAAUAUAACAGGAGAGCCAGUUGUAACAGAGCAGCACGAACCAGUUGUAACAGAGCAGCACGAACCAGUUGUAACAGAGCAACACGAACCAGUUGUAACAGAGCANCACGAACCAGUUGUAACAGAGCAACACGAACCAGUUGUAACAGAGCAGCACGAACCAGUUGUAACAGAGCAACACGAACCAGAAAUUUUGCCAGAAAAAGUACCGGAGACAACACAAUUGCCAAUCGAAGGACUCGUUACAAAGUUACAGCCUAUAUCUACUGAAGCAUCAUUAGUUGAAACUUCUGAAGAAAUUUUAGAAAAAGAUCACGAAGAAGGUCAAGAAGAAGUACAGCCACACGUCGGUAUUACUGAAUUCGAAUCUUCUUCACAGAGUCCACAGACAGAUGAAUCCGAGGGCCAGUUAACUAUCGGAUCGAGUGAAGAACAUUUACAACCGGUCAAUCAUACCACUGAAACUGCUGAAGAACCUGACAAGCAAAUUUUGGAGGAGCAUCAUGUGACAAGCACUAGCACUAUAGCACCUCAAACAGGCGCAGAAUAUCCUGAACCAUCUGUGUCCGGUGAAGAUAAUCCUCACUUCCCUAUGCACGGUGGUAGUUACCUUAAUCCUGAUGAAGAUUACGAUGAAGAUGAUCAGGCGAUUUAUGGUCCAGGCACUUGUAGAUAUGGUGGAAAAGUUUACAUGUCUGCUCAACAAAUACCAAGAGAUGACCCAUGUGAUUUCUGCUUCUGCUUUAGAAGUGAUAUUAUCUGUCUCCAGCAAAGUUGUCCACCACCGAUACCAGGAUGUCACGAGGAACCUAUCAGUGGUUUCUGUUGUCCUCGAUACGAGUGUCCCGUAUCGAUGGCUACGUCUCUUAACAUUACCACAACUACAACUACAACUACGACGACAUUACCCCCACACUUUUUAACGCACGCCUACAAAGGUGCUGCGAAACGAAACGGAUGUCAAAUUCGUGGUCAAGCAUAUAGCGUAGGCGAAACAAUUAAAUCUGCGUCCGGUCCAUGCCUUCAUUGCACUUGCGGAGGUGACGGCAACAUGAAGUGCGACCCACGAGUAUGUUCUCCGGAACCAAUGUUGAGGCAAAUGAUAGCUGCGGCUACAGCCAGGAGAAGGAGAUGAGCCGUUCGUAAUGGUCCCCUGGAUCUAUCCCGACGAAGAAACGAAUACGAGGGAGCCAUGAAGAAAGUGUUGUAUAAAAGUGAAUUAAAAUUAUUCUAAACUAAAAUAUACCUAAACGUCGCAGAACACAGACAAUAACGUGCUUCGACGUUCACGAACCGAGUGGCCAAAACGUAAACAUUUAUAUUAUAUAAUAAUAUUAUAUUAUGUUAUAUAUAUAUAAAUAUAUAUAUAAAAAAAAAAGCAAAAAGAGAAAUGAAAGACAGACAAGAGCAGAUGGGAUGAAGUCAAAAAGGACAAAUAGAGGAUUUUAAUUAACGUAGUGAGGCGCGUUUCCGGUGCCAAAAACGUGGCGGAUGAAAAAUGUACUCACGAAGGAGGAAGUUUCAACGAAACAGGGAAAAACUGGAUAAAGGAAAAGGAUAAUAUUUUAAGAAACACCACUUUCGUGUUGGUUCCAUACUCAUAUUUCAUUCUACGUCUCCUGCCAUUUCUUACAAAAAAAAAAAAAGAAAGGAGAAAAAAAAUCGUAAAACAAAAAUUACUUAAGAAAGAGAAAAAAAAAAAAUAGAAAAAACCAUUAAAAUUUACGACUGUGCCUUCGUCAGUGUCGUCGAGAGCGACAUUAUUUUCAUUUAUAGCGGGGCAACUGCGGAACAGCAACAUUAGUGAAAAUCAUUAGCAUCAUUCUCCGAAGAAUUCUAACAACAUCAAUUGAUGUUAGGGUACUAGCGGUGAACGAAUAGAAGAAACAGAAUAUUUUUAAUUUGAAUAAACGAACUUCGUACAGUGACUUUAUAAUAUACACUGGAAUCGUAAGAUGAAUAUUUUUUUAUGCUCUCAAUUCGUUUUUAACUAAUGAAUACGUUCGAAAGCAAAGUCGUAAUCACUUUUAUACACAUAGUCGCACAGGGCAUAAUAUUCCUCGUACGAUUCGUCCGCGUGAGAUCGAAAAAUCGAAAAUAUAAGCGUUAAACGUUUUUUUGCCGCGCACGUCGCUCUUGUAAUACCAUUGUAAGAAGUUAAAACUUUAGCGAUUAAAGAUGGUGUGAACUAUUCGCGAUCGAUGAAAAAAUCUUUAUCGAGUUUUGGCUGCCGCGUGUCGUGCUCAAAUGAUUGGUCCACAUAUACUCAUGUAUGCGAACGUCUACGAACAUUUGAAUACGCUGGAAAUGGCACUUAUAAAAAAAAAUAAUCUUUAUAUAUUAAAAAAACAAAGUGAAAAUUUCUUAUCUUGUAAAAAAGAAAGAAAAUAAUGAAAAAAGUAAAGAUUCGAAAGAACGGUGCCAUUUUCUUACGUAUCCUAUUGUGCGUGCAGAUACGUGCGUGUGUGUGUGAUCAGUUGGUACAUAUAUAUAUAUACAUACACGCGUGUAUAUGUAUAUGUGUAUAUAUGUAUAUUAAAUAAUAAAAAAAUGGAAAAAAUAGCGCACAAAAGGUAGACGGAAGUUACGUGCAAACUCAAAGCUUAAACAAGCAGCUCGCGCGGAGGACCGAUUGAAGAUUUGCUUCUCCGGCGAGCUGGCAUUAUACAUAUAUAUAUAUACAUAUAUAUACAUAUAUAUAUAUAUAUAUAUGUAUAGUAUA